UUCUGAAGCGAGAGACGCACUCGCCUCGCGUCAACCGCGGCGAACGCUUCAGCCGACGGGCACCCGCUCGCGCUGAAAACUUUAUCCCGCGAAACAACUGAACGAGCAAAUCUUGUCAAACAAGAACACUAUGUAAACACACUUAGAUUUUAAUUUAAAUAAGUUAAAAUUUAUUUACACUAUAAAAAGUCGAACUACAAAAAAGUGUUUAGUGACUAUCCAAUUGUUAAGUUGUUGAAGUUUCUAUUCAGUUCUUGUAACACUGUUCAUUGUAAUGUUCCAUGCAAACAUGUCAUUCAGUGUGAAGUGAUACACAAAAAUAUAAGUUAAAGUUUGCCCAACUAAUUUCUACGUGAAGGUUAAAAAAUCUGUAAGUGCGCAAUGUCAACUUUGGGAGCGGGGACAACGAUGCUAAUCGUUCGGCAAACAAGCUGUAAGGCUCGAGUCAAGAGCUACUUGUGUGCCUUGUGUGUUAGCACAGUGAGCUAAGCAGCUCCUGCAGAACAAAGAAAACUAUCAGCCCGCCGCCACCAUUCUCCGAUACGUACUUCAAAACUUCACCAUGGACACAAACCCUUCAAAUACCAGUCAAGACGACGACGCGGACUGGGUCGGCAACUCGUCCAGACUGGAAUACACUGGAAACAAUACCAGCAAUGACACGUUUGACUCGCUGUACGACGUUCCUACAAGCAUGAUAGUGCUACUAUCGUUCCUAUACGGCUCGAUAUCUGUGCUCGCUGUGGUCGGCAAUUUUCUGGUCAUGUGGAUAGUGGCCACUUCCCGCCGCAUGCAGAGCGUCACCAACUGCUACAUUUCCAAUUUAGCUUUAGCUGACAUAGUCAUAGGAUUAUUCGCUGUACCAUUCCAGUUCCAAGCGGCGCUGCUGCAGCGGUGGCUGCUGCCGCACUUCAUGUGCCCCUUCUGCCCGUUCGUGCAGGCGCUCAGCGUCAACGUCAGCGUGUUCACGCUCACCGCCAUCGCCGUCGACCGGCAUCGCGCCAUUAUCACGCCUUUGAGUGCCCACACUUCGAAGAAGGUCGCCAAAGUGAUCAUAGUGCUAAUAUGGUUCUUGGCGCUCUCAUUGGCAGCUCCUAUGGCCAUGUCGUGGGUCGUCAUCAUGGUAGAUGAACAGGACCCAGUAACGAAGAUCUUCUACAAAAAGCCAUUCUGUGCUCCCAGUGAGUUCGGUCUACACUCGCUGGCUAUAUACCGGUUGAUUCUGUAUAUAUUUCAGUACGUCAUCCCGUUGUGCGUAAUCACGUUCGCGUACGCACACAUGGCCAUGAAGCUGUGGGGCGCGCGGGCCCCCGGCACCGCCCUGGAGUCCAGAGACGCUAAUCACAUGAAAAAUAAGAAAAAGGUGAUCAAAAUGUUGGUGCUGGUGGUGGCACUGUUUGCGCUCUGCUGGCUGCCGCUCCAAAGCUACAUGCUGUUACAAUCCUUUUUCCCCUCCAUAAAUGAGUACAGGUACAUCAACGUAAUAUUCUUCUGCUUCGACUGGCUGGCGAUGAGCAACUCCUGCUAUAAUCCCUUCAUAUACGCCAUUUAUAAUGAAAAGUUUAAGAAGGAGUUCAAGCAGCGAUUCACUUUUGGACAGCGGCCUAACAGAUUCGCCAACGAUAGCUACGAGGACGGACAAUCGUGUCGGACACGGAUCUUAUCGUUCCGAUCCACUAACGAACGCAGCGUCUACUCGGCGAGAAAAUCUCUAAACAUCACCCCGAUCGAUAGCAUAAAAAAUCCAGCUCUAAAUCCGUGCCAUUGCUUACGAAAUCAAAACAACAUGAAAGAAAACGGAUUUCGUUUCUUGAAACCCGACGAUUACUCCCACGAUGGCAAUAGAUACAGGAAUAAUGAGGGGACCAGCAGAAGAAAAUAUUCGGGAAAACGAAUGGCUAACGGCAACGAUAUGCCUAUCGGAGACGAACGGGUCACUGAGUUGUAUAUCUUCCCUAAUAGCAAUAUAGUCGAGUUCACGGACAUUACAUACGAAGACAAAGUGUGAAAAGUGAACAGUGAAAUUAUAUUUCCAUUUCAAUGUGAUGUGAUAGAUACAAGGUUAUGUAGAUUUAACGAAAUAAAUUUUAAGUUAAGAGUUAAA